AUGACACAGAACAAUAAUAAUAACGUUACACUCAAGACACUGACGGCAUAUCAGUUACUUUCUUCACGCGAAAACAUGUGCGAGCUGUUCGGCCUGCUGGACGACAGCGAGCGACGCUCUCUAAUAGUAGGUAAGAACCGAGAUCAGAACCUGGAAGAGAUGAAAAAGAGGCUCGAAACCCUGAGGACCGAAGUUGAAACCCAGAAGGGGAUAUAG